UAAUUACUCUGUCCUUGUUUCUUUUAUUGUUCAGCUUUCAACAUGAACAGACACUUUCUGGUCAUAUGUCUUCUUAGUUUGCUGUGCCAAUGUUCUACAAAGUACGUACCUGAGAUAAUAUUUUCUGAUUAUUCUGGAGAUGGAUCAGGAGAAGUAGAAUCGGCAACUACAACCCAGAUCAAAACGACAGUGGGAAUUCUAAACGACGAAAAUGAAAUAGAUGAUGUCACAUCCUCCACUAUGACGUCACAAACAGAUGACGACAUAUAUAUUAUUACAUCACCUGACACCAAAGACUCGGGAAUCACCGAAAGGAACGACACACCCACUGAAUCUGACGAGAUCACUGGAAAUCAAGAGGCCAUAAUAGUACUGGUUGUAGUGACAUGUAUCACCUUUCUUGGUAUUCUCCUGCUGGGAGCCGUGAUCAUCGUUAGGAAACGGAGGAUGAGUACGACACAUAUGACAGUGUAUCCAAACUCGAAGAUGGUGUUCCUCACAUCUUCCUUGACGGGCAGCAAAAGUACUGAUGUCCUGGAUAUUACCAAAUCCACAUUGGACUACAACGAGUAGGAGAAGACUAGCGCUCUUGGGCAGAAAUCCCCUAUCACCAUUUGGAAUUUUCUGAUUUUAUAUAACAUUGGGAUUGAAAUUCCAUUAAAAAUAGUCUUCUUGGGAAUCAUGGAAAUUGUCAUACAAUGACAUUUUUUUUUCCUUUCGCCAUUUUUUUGUACUAGUUUCAUCGAAUUUGAUUUUGAAAUAAGAUUCUGUUGACAUGUUGGUAUUAUCCUUUAUUGUUUUAUGUUUUCGCCUUUCUUAACUCAUCUGAUGAAUGCAAUGACCAAAUAUAUCUAAUUAUGGGGCUGCUGCACCUCCCCGUCUAGAUUUUGACUUUUGUUUUGAUCACUUUGGAUUUUCCUUAGUCGCCUUCCAGGCUUCAAAUUUUAGGCCGCGACUUCACUGACGAGUCCUUGAAGGCCGAAACAGCUGUAUGAUGCAGUUUAAUUCAUUGUUUGACUCUACUGUAUCUCACUCUAAACUGUGAAAAUGUGCUAUUCACUUGUGUGUCUUUUGUACAAUAUUUAUUAUGAUGAUAUGUGUGAUAUGAAAUGAAAAUGUGGGUAGGGAUGGGGUUGGGGUGGAGUUGGGGGACUAAUGGUGUUGUUGUAUAUUGUACUGACUAGAUCAAGCUUUUGGCUUGAUAACUGGAUUAUUUAAGUUUUGAAAUGUUGAUAUCAUUGAGCACCAAGUGCAUUUUCAUUAAUAUCAUUGUUGUGUUUAGCAUAUAAAGAAAAAAUGUAAAUAUAUACAUAGACAAAUACCUAUGUAUACUCUUUAGAUAUUAGCUGUUAAAUAUUUACAUAUGAAAAUUAUCAUAAUUCGGUAUCUAUUUCGAGUUUACUUAAUACAAUAAUAAAAAAUAUAUCGUAAUCCUUAUUUUCCUAAUGCCUCGUUGUUAAAAAACUUACAAGGAAAACAAAAUUUAUUAAAAUAUUUGUGAUCAACAAAAUCCAACGUGAACCACGUGAUCACAUGUAAAUAAAUUGUUGAGUUUUAUUAAA